AUGGAAGAAUAUCUUAGGGAGAUAAAGAGGGUGUGCGAACAACUUGCCUCUAUAGGUAGUCCUGUUAGUGAACAAAUGAAAAUAUUUGCUGCUCUGAAAAGUCUGGGAAGAGAAUAUGAACAUAUUAAAACCUCAGUAGAAGGCUCCAUGGAUACCCAGCCUACUUUGACGUUUGAAGUUGUAAUCCCACGGUUAACGAGCUACUCUGACCGUCUUACUAGUUAUAAUAGCAGUGGCAAUUCUGAGGUCUCACCUCAUCUCGCCUUCAACACCUUCAGAACAGAUUCCUCUGGUUACUAUCACACCAACAAUCGAGGAAGAGGAGCUCGUGGUGGUAACCGUGCAGAGGCUCUUUCUCCACACGUGGAAGGGGGUUUCACCAACAAAUAUCACCAGUUCAAGAUUAUCCUUGUGGAUUUCAAUUCGACUGUGAUGAUCUUUCCUGAAAGAAUAACUGGAAACACAUCAGAUUCACAAAACACUGCAGAGGAAGUACCUAUACCUUUGUCCUCCCUACAAGAAUUUCCCCCUCUUCCUUCUCUGAGAGUCUCACAAACUCCUGGAAAUACACUUUCCAGAGUGUCCACUAAGAGAGAAGAGACAAGUUUUGAGUGUACGGCAGACUCUGACUCUGUUCGUAUAGGCAACAGCUUGUCUUUUUCUCCUUCCAGGACAGAUACUCACGAAGUAGUUACAGACUCCUCUUCUUCAAACUCGGAAUCCCCCUCACCAUCUACUACACCUGCACCAGCUUUACAAGAAAAUAAUUCAUGUCAAACGCUUGUGUCUUCUCUAAGCUCACAAGCAACAGCAAAAACCGUGACCAGUACCUCUACACCGACUAUUGCCGCUGUGAAUAACACUCCUAUCUCCAUCUCACCUGUGGCGGUUGCAGAAACUGAAGACCUCACGACGUCUGCAUCCUCUUCACCCGUCGAUUUUGUUCCGUCAUUCUCACCUACUGUUAUCCAGACAGAAGCAGCACCAAAGAGUACAGUUAAAUCAACUCAUAAAAUGGUGACUAGACUAAAAGAUGGUAUAAGAAAACCAAACCCAAGGUAUGUUUUGCUUACUCACAAAGUAGACAUUCCUGAACCCAAAACUGUCACCGAAGCUCUAAAGCACCCAGGCUGGAAUGGUGCUAUGAAUGAAGAAUAUGGGAACUGCAAGGCUGCGAACAACUGGUCCUUGACCCCUCCUACUCCAGACAUGCAUGUUCUAGGCAGUAAAUGGGUGUUCAGAACAAAAUUAAAUUCAGAUGGCACUCUUCAAAAGCUUAAGGCAAGAUUAGUGGCCCAAGGGUACGACCAAGAAGAAGGAAUAGACUACAUGGAAACUUACAGUCCAGUAGUCAGAACUGCUACUGUUCGAUCUGUGCUUCACUUUGCCACAGUCAUGCGCUGGGACAUUAAACAGAUGGAUGUGCAGAACGCUUUUCUGCAUGGAGACCUUACAGAAACGGUCUACAUGAAACAACCUACAGGUUUUGUUGAUCCUUCUAAGCCAGAACAUGUGUGCCUGUUACACAAGUCGAUAUACGAUCUUAAACAAUCCCCAAGAGCAUGGUUUGAUAAAUUUAGUACUUACCUGUUCGAGUUUGGCUUUACUUGCUGCAUUCCUGAUCCAUCAUUGUUUGUCUACAUGAAAGGAAAUGCUAUCAUUUUGUUGCUUCUCUAUGUCGACGACAUGUUAAUCACAGGAAAUAGCUCUGAAGCAUUAACUUCUCUUUUGACAGCACUCAACUCUCAAUUCCAUAUGAAAGAUCUCGGUCAAAUGCAAUACUUUCUAGGAAUUCAAGCACAGUUCCAUCCGGCUGGUCUGUUCCUCUCUCAACAAAAAUACGCAGAAGAUCUCCUUGUCACUGCUGGCAUGAGCGAAUGUGCUUUGGUUGCCACACCAUUACCCGAACAACUGGAGAAAACAAGAGAAAAGCAUAAGGAGCUGUUUACAAGUCCAACAUAUUUCAGAAGUUUGGCCGGUAAAUUACAAUAUCCAACUCUUACGAGACCAGACAUUCAGUUUACAGUGAAUUAUGUUUGCCAGAAGAUGCAUGCUCCAACUCUUGCGGAUUUCUAUCUUCUUAAGAGAAUCCUCCGCUACAUCAAAGGUACAGUCACAAUGGGGAUUAACUUCAGCAAUGCUUCUACCAGUAUAAUCCACCAGAGCUCUACUGCGAUAACCUCUCCGCCAUAUACAUGUCUGCAAAUCCAGCGUUUCACAAAACGACUACGCAUUUUCUGA